UAAACCAAAUCUAAAUAGUUCUGAAUCCGCGGAGUCGGUUGGACCUGCUCGGCUCUGAUUGGCUGUUAAUUUUUCCCUUCCUGCUGCAUCAUGUGACCAACACAAGUAGCGGAGCUGAUCCAGAGCCGACAGGCGGACCGCUGCUGGACCUGCAGGAAGCAUGUCUGUUGGGAAGCUUGAAGAGUGCCGGCAGCAGAUCCGGGCGCAGCUGGACGCUGUCGUGGAAUUCUGGCUCAAAUAUUCCCACGACACAGUACACGGAGGCUUCUUCACUUGCAUUGGGAGGGAGGGGAAUGUUUAUGAUGAGCUGAAGUAUGUGUGGCUGCAGGGAAGACAGGUGUGGAUGUACUGCCGUCUGUAUCGUAGCAUGGAUCGCUUCCGCAGGCCUGACAUCCUGGCAGCAGCAAAGGCCGGGGGAGAAUUCCUCAGAAAGUUUGCACGUGUGUCCACUAACGGAAAUCAGUGGAAAUGUGCCUUUUGCUUAACAAGAGAUGGCAAGGCUGUCAAAGUUCAGAGGACCAUAUUCAGCGAGUGUUUCUAUAUAAUGGCCAUGGACGAACUGAGCAGGGUCACUGGCGACAAGGAAAUGGAGCUGGAGGCCGAGCAGAUGAUGGAGCAGCUGAUCUACUGGGUCCGGGAGGACGCGUCGGGUCUGGGAAGGCCCCAGCUCCCAGGGGACGUUCCGACUAACAGCAUGGCAGUUCCCAUGAUGCUGCUGUGCCUGGUCCAGCAGCUGUCCGACGGCCGGCCGGAGACUGGGGGAAAGUACUCAGAACUGGGAAGUUGGUGUGUGAGUGAGAUUCAGCAACAUGUCCAGAGAGACGGCACAGCGAUCCUAGAGAACGUGUCUGCGACCGGAGCAGAGCUGCCUGGAUGUCUGGGCCGGCUGCAGAACCCAGGCCACGCCCUGGAAGCCGGCUGGUUCCUGCUGCGGUACGCCGCCGACAACGAUAACAAGGAGAUCCAGAGAACUGCUAUUGAAAAGUUUGUGGAGCUUCCCUUCGAGAGUGGCUGGGACAAAGCCCACGGUGGCCUCUUCUACUUCCUGGACGUGGACGGUCACUGCCCCACUCAGCUGGAGUGGAGCAUGAAGCUGUGGUGGCCUCACAGCGAGGCGCUCGUCGCCUUCCUCAUGGCCUACAGUCAGACCAAGAACCCUGAGCUGCUGGAGAACUUCUUCAGGGUCUACGAGUACACCUUUAGCCACUUUCCUGACUCCGAGAGCGGCGAGUGGUUUGGCUAUCUGACCCAAGAAGGGAAAGUAGCGUUGGAUUUUAAAGGAGGACCGUUUAAGGGCUUCUUCCACGUACCUCGCUGCCUGUACAUGUGUGAGAGCCUCUUGGAUGAUCUGCUGGGAAAACAUGGCUGAAUAUUCAGACAUCAGUGUUCAGACUCAAGGGGAACUCGUCUGACUUGUAGUCCAGAGUUCUGACUCAAGGCACACACACACACACACACACGCACACACACACACACACACACACACACACACACACACACACACACACACACACACACACACACACACACACACACACACACACACACACACAAAUUUAAUUUGGUUAAUAUACUCAUUUCUGUCUGAAGUCAAAAAGAGCUACAGAAAAAUGAUCUAUACUGUGAAUUUAGGGUAAGAUUCUUUUAGUACUUUGUUGCUCGGCUAAUCUAACUUCCAAACACAUCCAUGAUGGACGGGUAGACAGUAGACAUUUGUUGCUUGUAUCGCUACUGCAGCUGCUCUGUGUUUUUUUUAAAUAGAAUUAAUGCUGUUUUUGAAUGAAAGGAUGACCACUAUCGAAGAGCCCGAGUGAAGACCUCCAUCAUCAAACGCAGCCAAUAACGCACAAAACGGAACUUUUUUGUUAAAACGUGCCUUGUUCUUUAAACGAUUUUAUCUUUCCGACCUUCUCGUCCCGCGUCUCAGUGGCAGUUUUGGAUUGACAUGUCUUUUACAAUCUGAAAAAUCCAAAAUAAAAUCUCACAUUUCA